AUGUUACCCAUCACAGAUUUAGAUGUUGUGACUUUUCUGUUAGAAGCCAGAGGAGCUGCCUCCCUUCCCAGACGAGAUUGGCCGGCCUUGAUCGAAUACGAGACCGACCGCAUCAUCACUUUUGGUGAAUACGUGGAAAUGGUCAACAAAUUCUCGGCCGGCAUACAGAAAAUUGGGUUACGUAGAGGCCAAACGUUGUCGCUCUUUGUGCCAAACCACAUCUACUUUCCGAUCGUGCUACUUGGUACAUUACGAGCCGGAGGCAUAUGUUCUCCAGCAAAUCCUGGCUAUACCGCUGAUGAAUACGCCUACCAAUUGACCGAUUCAAAGUCUAAAUGGAUUGUUACCUGUGAAGCUGCUCUGCCCACAGCACUCAAAGCUGCCGACAUUGCUGGCAUCAGCAAAUCCUUCAUAUUCUUGAUCGACUCUGCUCCCACGGUCACAGAUUACAAGACUGUAGAUCAGAUUAUUGCAGAAGCAAAGACUCUCCCUCUGUAUCAAAUUCGGUAUACUGCUGAUGAUUUGGAAAACACGCCAGCCGUGUUAUGUUAUUCGUCAGGAACUACUGGAAGAUCUAAAGGGGUCGAGACAACUCACAAGAAUUUGGUAGCAAAUGUGUCGCAGUUAGAUCAGUUUGAAGGACGCGAAACAAUUAUUCCAGGAAUUGACAAAUGGCCUGCGAUUUUACCAAUGUUUCACAUAUUCGGACUCACUGUAGUUACAAUGUGGUCGGCAUUCUCGGGUGUUGCACUUGUUGUUCAAAACAGAUUCAGUCUGGGAGCUUUCUGUGAGAGUGUGCAAAAGCACAAAUUGACAAUGUGCCAUGUCGUGCCUCCGAUUGUCAUAGCUCUUGCUAAAGCACCUGUAGUCUCCAAUUAUGACUUUUCAUCAGUCCGAGUUUGGUUCUCUGGGGCUGCUCCACUCGCGACUGAAGUUCAGAUGGAGGCGCAGGCUCGAGUUGGCGGUAUUUUCAAACAAGGAUAUGGAAUGACUGAAUGUUCGCCAGUGACGCAUCUGAAUCCAAACCACAAGGUCAAGUUCGGCUCUAUAGGCCCCCUAAUUUGCAACAUGGAAUGCCAAAUCGUUGAUCCCGAAACGAACGAGGUGCGCGGGCCAGGAGGAACUGGCGAGAUUUGGGUUAGAGGGCCCAAUGUCAUGAAAGGCUACUGGAAUAACGCCGAAGCUACAAAAAACACCAUUACGAGCGAUGGCUGGCUAAUGACUGGCGACAUUGGUUAUGUUGAUGAAGACGGCUAUGUGUUUAUCGUGGACAGACUAAAGGAACUGAUUAAAUUCAAAGGCUUCCAAGUGCCGCCCGCAGAACUUGAAGGCUACUUGCUCACUCAUCCAGCAAUUUCCGAUGCGGCUGUGAUAGGAAGACCAGACGAUGAAGCAGGAGAACUGCCACGCGGCUUUAUUGUCGUAAAGCCCGGAUCAGAAGUCACGGAAGCUGAGAUUGUCGCGUUUAUUGCAGCCAAAGUUGCAAACCACAAGAGGUUGCGUGGAGGAGUUCGAUUCAUCGAUGUGAUUCCCAAAUCUGCAUCAGGCAAAAUCCUGCGUCGUGAAUUGCGUGAUUUGGACAGGGAGGAGGUCGAACACGCCAAAAAGAAUGAGGAGUAG